AUGAAGCUCGUUCUGUUAGGCUGGUUAGCUGUUAUCCUAUCAACCACCAUUGUAGAAUCAUCAGUUGAUGUGUUCCCGUUACACCGAAUGUCACGUUCGCAACUUCCGUUAUCCUCACUUCUGGUACCAUAUCCAAGGGUUGGAAAACGUUCAGCAGCUGGUAGUGCACGAGAGUCGGACAUAGACAUCCCUUCAAAGCGAAUCUACGUUGCUCGUGUGGGAAAGAGAGCUUUUAUGUAUACAGCACGUGUUGGAAAAUAGCUUAUUACCGUUUCAUUUAUCUGGACACUGUGAUAACAUCUUUGCAGCGUAUCAGCAGAGCUUUGAAAGUUGUUCGAAUAAAUAUGUUGUUAAAAGG